CAGUUGAUAUUAUAGAGUUGGCAGGAUAUAUACUGUAGAAAGAUGUGGUUAUUCAAAGCCUGUUUUCGAACAAUACCAAUUGAAAAUGAUAAUUUUCAAUUAAAACCUAGUUAUAUUACAAACAAUUCAAAAAUAACUGUUCGGCAAGUCACAGAAAACGAUAGUGUAAAGAUUACAGAAUUACUAAUAGAAGGUUUUCAUGAAAAAAUACUCUAUUUAUUCGGCGACAAACGCAUUGAAAGAGGAAUGAAGUUAUACCUAGAUUUUAUGCAAAAUGAUAAAUCAAUCCUUCAAAAGAUAAUUGCUGCACAGGACGAAAAUGGAAAACUUGUUGGAGUUUGUCAAAUGAAAUAUUCAAACAAUGAUAAUUCUGAUGGUAAUUUCAAUACUGGGGGAAUAUCAAUUGGUACAAAAUGGAAGCUUCUUUUAUCGUUUGCAGUGUCCCAAUGUCUGUCGGAAUUAACAGAUGGAGAGUGUAUGAUAGAUUGUCUAUCUGUAGAUAGGGAAUUUAGAGGACAAGGAAUUGGUCAAAUUCUCUUGGAUGCUGCUGAAAAAGAGGCCAAAAAGAAAGGAUAUACAAAAAUAUCGUUGCUUGUUAUACUAAAAAAUUUUGGCGCUAGAAGACUCUAUGAAAAAUGGGGAUAUGUUACAACUAAACUUUUUACGGCUAGGCCUAUUUUUCUAUUUGGAAGCCAUGGAAUGUAUAAAAUGGAAAAGGAAAUUCUUUAG